GUCAACUGUCAACUACGAACUGAAAAUAAAAACAAAGUCAAACUCCCCAGCUUUUGUGAUGGCUGCAAUCCAUUUUCGUUAAUCCAUUGACCCCAUUGAGCCAAAAAGUAUAUAAUUUCUGGCUCAGGUGUUAAAUAUUUUUGUGUAAAAUAUCAAUGGAGGUUAUAAUAUGUGUAAAACAUGAAGAUUUUAUUAUAUUGAUCAAUACACUUGGCUGAUAUUAGUACUACUCUUCUGAACUCCAUUGAUUAUACUUACACAUCAUAGUAGAGACAAAAAUGGAUUCAUCCACCACAAUUUGUCCCGUUUGCACUCUGUUUCUGAGACCAGGCAUAACUUUGAAGCAACAUUUGACUUCUCAUCCCAAACAGAAAGUCAUUGAGGCAUUGGUGAAGCUAGCAAGUGGAGAAGAGCCAAAAAUACAAAAUCCUCCUGUUCCAAGUUCACCACAGCAGGCACAUCCAGGUACUAGUCAGGCAAAUUCAUCGAUAUUGAACCAAUCAUGGAAUCAGCCAACACCAGUGCAAUUGGGCCCUCCCCCAAACGUAUCUCCUGUACAUGGAAACCACGUUUUCAUUUAUCAGCAAAGUAUGAGCACAACUUCUCCCCAGGGAAAUGUGCUACAAGUAAAUCCUCUGUCGCCACAAUAUCUCUAUCAUCCUUCAAUUUAUAAUCCUCAGAUGAUGCCAUAUGUGUAUCAACAACAGCAGGUAAUUUUGUCGAGUAAUUCUUUGCAUCCUCCCCAAAUGAGGGCACUACCGUUUGAAUUACCCAGUGUACCUCCACCAGCAGAGGGGAUUAUUGUGGAGGAUGAUGAGGAAAAUAAGAAAGAAGAAAAUAUUGAGGUUAAUAAGGAAAGUAUAGAUUUAACGUCAAAAGCAGAAACGAGAGUUGAGGAGGAAGAAGAAAAUAUUCCACUUGAACCAUCCAAGAAAAAUGCAGUAAGUGAAGUGAAAACUGUGGAAGAAGAGUUUGAAAGCGAACAAGCAGAGUUAAAUGAUGUACCUCCUGAUGAAUACGUAGAUAGUGCUGGUGAAGAAGAUUGUGCUCCAGAAGAGGAGAACAUUGAAUCAAAAGAUUUUGUUGAUUCCCCACAUUCACACCAUUCAGAUUGGAAGACUGAUUCAGAACUUAGUAAAGCAUGUCAAACCCAAAAUGCGCCUAGCAAUUCGCCAUUACCCCAGAUCGAACCUCAAGAGCCAGUACCUGAGCAUAGACGUAAUUUUGUAGAUAUGGGCCAGACAGAAUAUUUCUAUUUGAAUCCCCAAAAUAAUCACUAUCAAGAAAGCUUCCAUACUCCAACUACAAGCAAUGUAUCAGUGGCCUACACAACACACAAGGAACCUGAAAGUUACGAACAAUCGGAACCUAUUUAUACUUCUGCUAAUAUAUUGCACGGAAAUGAUCACAUGGAUUUCGUCAAUUUGGACGAUAUUGUUAUCAUAGGUGAUUUUACGACAAAUCCAGUGGCUUCACAUGUGGAAAAUUUCGAAAGUCCGAUUAACGAUAGACCCACGACUCUAAUGACUAUAGGGGAAAUACAUGAACCAUCAAAGGUUGACUAUGCAAAUCAUCGAAAAGAGGAUGAUUACGAGCACCCCAAAAUCGAUUAUGAACAACCUCCAAAAAUCGAUUAUGAACACCACAAAAUCGAUUACACAGAACAUACAAAAAUCGAUUAUGACCACCCAAUAAACGAUUACGAACAUUCAAAAAUCGAUUAUGCAGAACAUCGGGACUUGGAAGAAAGCAUGUCUCGUGGAAGUUCUCAUGUUAACAUAAGAUCAGACGAAAGAAUGCCUGCAAGGGGUGAACUUUCUGGACAGGAGAGUUUGGGUGGUAGUAGUGAUCUCACUUGGAAUAGACUCCAAUAUCAAGAAUGUAACUCAAGAAUGUCUCAUCAUUAUGAAAUGAUAGGAAGGGAGUCUUGGGAUGCUUCUGAUAGUGAAAGCUUUGAUACGCCAUCAUUGAAAAGGCAAAACGUCACUCAGGUAUCUUCUGAAGCAAUCGAUUAUGAUAAUGAUAAUGAUCUACCUACAAUAAUUAGUUACACAGGUCCACCUCUUAAUUUUAAAUGUUCUACAUGUGGGGAAGAUUUCGCAACUUCUAAAGAGAGGAAGGAACAUGAAUUGGAAAAACAUCCAGAAAAAUCUAAGAAAACCGUAAUAGGAAGUGAAAUAGGGAAAAAGACUGUCAGAAAAUUAGUUAUCAAAGCCAAAACAGUGAAGACUAAAAGUGAACCUAAUUUUGAUAACGUAUUUACUAACAAAUUAAAAUUAGAGAAUCCUGCCGAGUUGAAAAAUGAUGCAAUAGUUGUAGAGGCUUCUGUUAAAAUAGAUGAACCCAUAGAAAUAACAGAUAUCAAAAUAAUAUGCCCUCUGUGCGAUUGCGUUUUGGAUAGUGCAAAAAGUCUGAAGCAACACAGGUUAGAAGUCCACAGACAAAAUAAACAAACUAACGUAACUAAGCACAAAUGCCUGACUUGUGGGGAUAUCUUCCAAAAUGAAUACAAAUACACGGAACACUUGAAAAUUCAUCCUCUAGAGUGUAGACUUUGCGGGAAACUGUUCUACAGGAAGCAGAACAUUAAGUUGCACAUGAAGCGACAUCUGGGGUUGAAGCCUUACAAAUGUGACAUUUGCGAAAAAUCUUUUAUUACAAGACAGAAACAUGACGAACAUAAGAAUAUUCAUACAGGUGAGGCCCCUAUAAAUUGCAACUUCUGCGAUGAGAAAUUCAGGCGACAUUCCAAUCUAGUCCAGCACCGCAACCGGUACCACUUUAUGUUGAAGAAGAAGGUUAAAGAUUACAUCUGUCAGUGUGGAGAAGUAUUCCAUUCCAAGAAAAAACUAGCUUGGCACAAGGAAAUCCACGAUUCCAAGCCGAAGGCGUGCACCCAUUGCAGCGAAAAGUUCCUUCAUAUGUCGAGUUUGACUCGACACAUGCGCAGAGCACACAACGACAAGUUCCUACCCGAAGAAACGCGACAGAACGAGAACGUCGAAUGUCCGAUUUGCAAAGGAAUAUAUCUGAGGUCUUCCCUAGACGUUCACAUAAAGAACCACAGCGGUACCAGGCCCUACACGUGCUUGAUGUGCAAUAAAGACUUUACCACUAAAUGGAAUCUCAAGUUACACAAGUGGACUCACGCCAACAGAAAUUCGAAGCCCUUCAAGUGCGAUCAGUGCAAGGGGGCCUUCAUUCGAGAAUCCGACUAUACAGCUCACAUGAAUUCUCAUAAGAGUGUCCGUCCGUACACUUGUAAUUAUUGCGGAGCGCAGUUCAUUAGAAAAUACAAUUGUCUACGUCACGUCAAAGAACACGAGAAUGAUAAAACGUUUAAUUGUAAUGUGUGUGGUAAGUCUUUCCAUCGGUCGUACUAUCUCAAAGAUCACAUGCGGGUGCAUAGCGGCGUUAGACCUUACACUUGUCAUAUAUGCGGUAAAACUUCCACGACGAAGUCAAAUCACAAUAAACACGUACAAAUACAUCAUGCACGAGAGCCGGUUAGUACUGAAAAUUAGGUUAUCUAAGUUAUAUCUAAACAGAAACGGCGAAUUCAAUUUUCAAGUAAGUGUUCGAUGCUGAUCUUAUAACAUAUUUUAAGAAAUUUAUAGUUGAUACAAGUAGGUAGAUUCUAUCCAACAAUAUUAUAUUGUGAAAAUAACACAUAGUAAAAUAGGACUUUUUGUUCCAAGAUACUUUAUACCUAAGCUACACAUUAUAUUUUACACAUUUUAACUAUUUGACGGCUAUUUUCAUAGGUUAAGUAUACAAUUCUUAUUAAAGUGGCAGUUUACCGUAUCGAUACAACCACUUUUUGAUAACCACUCGCAUUCUUUUUAUAAAAUAGAGUUUAUGUGGCCCUGGUAUACCCAUGACUCUUGUACUUAGUACUUUACUGUUUUGUGUCCGGAAAACUAUAAGGUUUGUUCUAGCAUCAGUUUCCAACAGUUUGAAAUUAUCAGAAGCAUGUGUAUUUGUUUGAUGGCUUUCAAGCACACAAAUUACUAUGGUUUGUUUUUUAACCAAGAGGAGUGAUUCGAAUUUACCGCGCUGUAUUGCUUGUUUGUAAUUGGUCCAACCGCAGGCAAGUUUACUCCACUGUUAUAAAAUUUUGGCACUAAUGACAUUUAUCAAAUUUUGACACUAGUGACAUUUCAUAGGUUAAUUAAGUUAUAUCGGCGGUUUUUGUGUUUUCUGUGUUAUUCCUUUAAUUUUUAGAUUUUCAGUCUGCUUUUAUAUAAAAAGCAGUUGUUUUUGGAACUCUUUAGCGACAUUUAAUUUAAUAUGAUAUUUAUGGAUUACCGUUGAGGGCCGACUAGCUCAACCAAAAAAGAAGAUGUAUUUGGUUCUUAUUCUAGUGACUUUCUUGGGUGUGAAUCUGUCUUUUUAGUUUACUCCUUCUGGUUAAAAAAUAAACUAUAGUUUGAAACUACUAGUCAAGCGUUCUAACGAAAGUAAAUUUUAAUUUGGAAACUGGUCUAAGACGGUCAAAAUAAUUUGCGGAUUUUCUUCGGAUUUUCAGUUUGUGACUUGCGCAGUGGAAUUAUUUGUUUGAGGUUUAUAAAUUUUAAAUGAAAGUACAGUCGAACCUCGAUAAGUCGGAUUAAUCGGGACCGCGGCCAAUCCGGGUUAGCCGGAGAAUAUGGUAAAAAUUGAUAAAAUACGGUAUACUUACAGAUAAACCCCAUUAUAAUUGCAAAAACAUGAAAUACAUAUGCACAGUACAUCUAAAUUACGUACAGAUGUAUACAGUAUUAUUUAUUUCUUGGUAUAAAACUCAGUCAAAGUGAAAAAAUGUCUGUUUGGUCUGAUUAAAAUUGGUCCGGGUUAUCGGAAACCGACUUAUCGGGGUUACACUGUAAUAUGUUUUAACUAUCAUUAUUUACGUUUAUAACAUUCCAUUUUCAAUAUUUAGAAGAUGUCUUGAAAAUUUGGAUACUCAUAACAAGAAUGUAUUUCUACUCUAACCUCAAAAUUAUAAAUAAAAACAAUCAUGAACCGGUCCCAGAAGAGACAUUUUAUUUGCAAUUUGACGUUGGUAUUUGCUCCGUUAAAAAAGCGUUCUAGCAAAAAACAGUUUGCUACCAGUUUGUGGAUUAAACAUGCGCAGUAAAGCAGUACAAUAAUCUGGUGUCAAACCAUACAAAACUACAUGCUAGAACAAGCCUUAUAGUUUCUGAGCCCAGUAUUGGACUGUGUCGUUGAUUGCCAGUCCAUACGUCACCGAUAUUGCAUAUAUUCGGGCAGUAUAGGCAGGCUAGCAGAUGUUCCAUGUUCUGUAUUGCUCUGCAGUCACACUUGUCUUAAUUCCCUUUCAGCAGACCCCAUUUUAGUCUGCCAGGAUACGGAUCGUGGCCAAAAAGGUGGUGGCGGUUGUCGAAGGUUUGAAUCUUUCGGUGAUUUUGGGGCCUUCUACUGCAGUCAAGGUCCAAGAGGCCUGAAGCUUUAGUCUGAACUUAUAUAGUUUAUUCAGAGGGGUUGGACUCAUACAGCCGGUAAUGGUCUGCAAGUUUCGUUCAGACUGACAUGUACUGUCUUGGCGUGCGCAGAUCUCUUCUAUACCGGGCAUGCGUAUUCCGCCUUUGCUGUUAAUCUUAGUGCUGUGGGUUUGGCGCCCAAUUUACUAUUGCUAGGUUUCCUUAAAAGGUUGUUACGCGCACCCACCUUCUUUCGGAUUUGUUCACAGUGGAACCUGAAUGUUAAUGAGCGGUCUAGUGGGACUUCGAGCUAUAUUGGCUUUUUGGCGUGCUCUAGCAAGGUGUUAUUCCAUUUGAUGUUGUUUCUUUUUGGCCAGUCGGGACUAAAGGUACUUCCUUUUAUGCAGGCUCACUCAUUACUAUAGUCAGCGAUGUGAGAUGUAAUAUAUGAGAUAUAAUAUAUAUGUUACUAUAAUCUAUUAUAUCUAUUAUCUAUAGUAAAGCUCCCCGUUCGUAACAAGCCUAAAGGAGGUGGGAAAUUAGCAUCAUUGAUUUUUUUCCUAAUGUUUUUAUUUCCUAAAUUUGAUCGAGGAACUGCAAGUGCUUUGUAAACAAUUUAUAUUUUAGUUUUUUUAUAUAUAAUUUUGAGGCAUUUUAAUACCAAAAUCUGACCAGUACAAAAAAUAAUCAUAAAGCGUAGGUACAGUCGGAAAAAAGAAAGAUUACCCAUGAACGAUCACAUCAAUCACUUAUUUUGUAUUUGCUGUCUUUUUCUAUAACAAACGUUUGUUAUUUACAGAAAAAGGCAGCAAAUACAAAAUAAGUGAUUGAUGUGAUCGUUCAUGGGUAAUCUUUCAUUUUUCCGACUGUACAUGAUUAAAAAUAUUUUAUCGUUUGACUAUUGAAUCGAUCAGCAUUGAACACAUUUUUAUUACUUUAUCAACGGAAGAAGGCCCAACGUGUGUAUUUUGUAAAAGUUUGUUGUACAUAAGAAGUAAAAGCUAUUUAAAUAUUGAUUAGGUUAAAUUUUCAUUCUAAUUUUACAUUUUUUGUGAAAAUUGUUACUGAAAUCAAGGUCAAAAUAAUAAAAAAAAACAAAAUAUCGAUGGACAGGAAAUAACUUACCAUGCAGAAAAGACGACACAAAGAAAAUCUUCUGUUUUUUCAAGUCACUCUAAACUAUUCAAUGCUGGCAGCUGUACAUCAGCCCCUUGAAGAUAGAGGAAUGCAAUUUUGAAAAGGUUAGAGAGUUUGAGUAGGUAUCUGCAAAUUCAGAUAAAUGAAACAAUUAGAAUUAAUACAGAAAUAACGACAGGACACCGUUAUCUGCUUCUUCUUCUUCAUGUGUCAUCUCCUAUAAGAAGGUCGGCAACCAUCAUGGCAAUUCGCACUUUCGAUACCGCUGCUCUAAUCUAAAGUGCGGUUAAACCAAGCUCUCGAAUCGUUUAACUAGAAGAUGCGUCUUCUUCUGCGACUCCUUCUACACUGGAUUAUUCCUUGUAUUAUUAACUGCAGCAAGUUAUAACGCUCACCCCCUCAUUACAUGUCCCAGAUAUUGCAGUUUUCUAAAUUUAAUUGUAUUUAAAACCUCUCUUUUCCCAUUCUUCUCAACACCUCGACAUUCGUGACUCUAUCCAUCCAACGUAUUCUUAAUAUAACUCGAAAGCUUCGAAUCUGUUCGAAACAUCUUUCUUUAAUGUCUCAAGCCUCCAACCCAUAGAAUAAUACGGAGAACACGUAGCAUGUCAGAAGUCUUAUCUUUAAAGAAACUGUAAUAUCCCUGCUAUAGAACACUUUUUUUUCAGUUUUUUGAAAGCAUUUUUUGUCUGUCCUAUUCUUGCAGAUAAUACUGUUAUCUGCACGUCUUGCAAAAACUUCCAUAACAUCCAUAAACUUCCUCAGGGCAAAGAAAAUUGGAGUAGUAUGACAGUUUAAUAUUAAAACAAUAGUUAACCCUAUAUAAAAUUUCCUGGACAGACCAUCAUAAAGAAUUAGAAUAGAAUCCUUGUUUUAUAUAUUAAAGUAAAUAAAUAUAUGCUUUUAAGUGAAAUUGUACAAAACACAAAGAUUCAUGCACAUUGGGCCUGAUUCUGUUUUAGUAAUAAAGGCAAAUUAUAUUAAUUGUAAAAAUACAUAGUAAGCAUGUGAUUCUAUGUUGUUUAAAACUUAGCUAAUAAGCUGAGAUUAAGAUUAUUAUUAUUGGUUUUAUGUUUUUUCAUAUUCCCGUCGUUCGGAAUAAAAAUUGGCGAUUGUAACUGUUGCAGAAUCCAUAGUACUGUUUCCUGAUGAGAUUCUCUAUAUUUACGUGUAGCUUUCAAAGUUUUCAAAUUUAUCUAAGUCGAUCAAAAUUAAAGAUUAUUUAACACUCUCAGUAAAGCUCAGUUAUAAUUAAAAUAAAAAUAUAUCAAAUAAAAUCAAAAUUUCAAAAUAAAAAUAAUAUUCUAAUCUUCGCUUCGUUUCGAAGGAAGCCCCCUUAGCGGUCAUCUGUAAAAGAAAAACAAAAUUGUAUCAAAACACGGUAGCAAUGUUAGUACAAAAGGCAUCAAUUCAGUACAUGAUUGCCCGCCAGUCCUCAAUCGGAAUCACGUGAUUAAUAUCUACACAUACAUCCAAGUCCCCAAACUGGAGAUGGAAGUAACCACUCAGUACGCGAUUACAAACGUCGCGAGGAAUUCUUCAGUUCAGAAUCGCACCGCGUCUGGCUUUGACUCACUUCGUCUCAGACCAAUUGGUUUCCAUUAGCUCAAUUCCUUAGCUUAACCGGGAAGUCCAUUAGCUUAGUUCGCUGCAAGACUCCAGUUGGUUCCAACUCAAUUUGUUGGAAACCCGAUUGGCCACCGGCUGGUGACCAGUGAGUUACUAUUAGCUCAAUUAGCUAGCUGGAACUGUUUUCUAUCAUCUCGAUCGUUUUUGAAGAUAUUCUUCUUUAGCGGCGAAUCGAUUGAGGGUAAAAUUUGAUUGAUCCCCGCGCGCAUGCGCACACCGACAGUAUGGUAUUAGUGGUUAUACGGGCUCUGAUUGGGUGUUGAAAUUUUGAAAUGAUCUGUCAAUAAUUGUUCAAUAUGGAGAUUAUCGGUAAACAAAAAUAUUGUAUAUUAGUUUUUAUUGAUGUGUGGACAGAAAUAAAAUCAAAUUUAUAAUUAUAGUGACUUUUUAAAUAUAGUAUUUUUACUACAAAAGCGAUAUUACGUAGGUCAAAAUUUUUGACGUAAGAGAACUGUCAAAACAUUAGAAUGUGACUUUUCAUUUCAUUAUUGUGCCAUGUUUAUAAUAAACAUGACAAUAAUGAAAAGUCACAUUCUAAUGUUUUGACAGUUCUCUUACGUCAAAAAUUUUGACCUACGUAAUAUCGCUUUUGUAGUAAAAAUACUCUAGUUUUGAAAAGCCGCAGGUACGUAAUUCUAAAUGUUUCAGUUGGAAAUACCUAAUAGUUUCAAUACCUAUCUAUUUGGAAAUUGUAAACAAAAUAAUGUAGUUACCUAUUAGUAGGCAAUGCUUUAAUUUACAUAAUCUGAUUACGAACAAACUUUCUACAAAUCUUCAUCUCAUAUAUUGUUUUCUUACUCUAUAUUUUGUUGUAUUUUAUUUCGACAAAAAUCAAACUAAUAAUUUUAUUAAAUUCAUAUAAAUUUAUGGUGUAAACGUUUAGUUUGUGUAUAUUCCCACAUGACGUACACGCGAAUGUGGUCUAGUUUGAAAUGCCGUCAGCUUUCGUACGGCGCGGUUACGUGAAGUGGGUUCGAGCCCCAGCAAGUUAUUAUUUUUUUAUUUUUUUAUAGAUUUUAUGAUUGUAAGUAUAUUAUUAUAUAAUUUUUGAAGAUAUUCUUUUUUAAAGUGGUAGAUAAGAAAGUUAGUUUGAUUUUUAAAUAAAAUAAGUACAAAUAACCUUUUAAGUAUAUUUACUUCGUUUAAAUUACCUAUUAUAUACCUAAUAGAAGAAUAUCUUCUUACGUGCGUACAAAGUACACACACUUUCUUUUUAUACCAAUUCGGGUGACCCCAUCUCCUAAUAUCUAUCGGUAGUGGUGUAAGUCUGGUGGGAUUGCGUGGAUAUCGAUGCUCGCUCGGUAUCUGCUGACGAGCUGAAUGCCGGGCGAGAGGCGCAUCGUUACAGUACAAACAGGAGUAAUCUAAAGCAGUAAUAUGUUUAUUUGGGAGUAGAACCAUUAUAUUUAGUGCUGAUAUAUGAAUCGAAAACAUGGACCAUCUCCAAGAUAGAAGAAAACCCUUUGGUUAUAUUUGAACGAAGGAUCCUGAGAGGAAUAUUAAGUGGCAUCUUUGUAAACGGGAUUUGGAGGAAGAAGUACAGCUAUUAUGAGAUACAUAUACCACAAAUACAAACAAACAUCUGGUGGAAAAGGUCUGGUAUCUCUCAUAAAAAUAGUAAAAGAUGAGCAGGAGCAGGACAGCUAACAGAUCACGUUCUUAACCGAAUUCUUAUGUUACAGCCUGGGGGAAGUAGACCCAGACGUAUGCCAAAAUUUGAUGGAAGGUGUAGAACUGGCAAGUAAUGGAGUGACUGGGGAAAUAGACUUGGGAAGAUCAAAGCUCUACUAUAUGGCUUUAUAAAUAUUGAACAUGAUGAGGUAUAUCCCAGACACCGCAAGUGAUAUGUUACACUUUUUUCCACGUUUUCAUAACACUUUAACGACCCUUUGAAACGUCAGCUCCUCAAAUUUCAGAAAGUGUCGAAAAGCCCCAGCUUGUCAGAUGGAAGUGUUUAGUGAGGUGGUAUAUCUUGAAAAGUGAUUUGCGAUGUUUCUCCUUGUCAUAAGCUGCAAGGAGGUCUAUGAUAACAGCUACAGUGACCAUUUGAUUCUAAAAGCCAUCCUUGAUGUACUGUGUUGAGUUUUUAGUUCAAAACCUGACUAGCAAGGCUUUCUGCAAGGCAGUCUGGACAAUUCUCCCUAAAACAUCUAUCUGUAUCUGUUUUCGGCGUAUACCUCUGCUAACUGGAAGACAUCGGCUAAAGGAAACUUUUAUAGUUUGUGAGAAUGUAUGAAUAAUUUUUAGUUUGUCUUUUGGGUUGACUUGGAUAAACAUAUCUAGUUUGUAAUCGAAUAAUUUUAUUAUCUCAUGAGGAAGGUAUUUUGAGAUUACUGCAGCUAUAUUCAUGUGGUUGGUUAUAAGAUCUUGUAUAAAACUGAGUAUCUCAUAAUUUUAGGAUGGUAUUUUUCUGAAAUGGCAUAUUUCUUUUUACAUUUUACAGUCAGACCUUAUCAAAAAAAAAAAUAACGCAUUGUAUACAAAUGCAAACGUGCAAGAGAUAUUUACGUAAAAUAAGAUUUUAUAACCACUAACUUUUUACUCUAAUUUUCUUGUAGGGCAAAUUCUAUUACUUUUUUUAUGAUUUUGAAUAAUCUUAGAAUGUUCACGUAUUUUUUUUAAAUGACUUGUUACAGUAAGUAUAAUUAUAGUUCAAUCAAAUUUUAAAUACAAAGGUAAUACAAAUAUGUGAUUCCUUAUAUACUUUCCGCAAAAUAAUGUCUUGUCAUGUAAACUAUCGAGUAAAUAUUUUUUUAAAUCGCGUAUAUAUUGUUCAUAGUUUUCUGCUUAAAUUUGAGAUCCUUUCACGAGUUUCAUAGGUUUUCAUUGAUUUUGUUACAAGUUACUUAGUUCAAGAAGUUCUUUCUCAUUUUCAACAAUAUAAACAAGAGUAAUGUCAUUUUCAAAUAGAAAGACGUCCCUGAGCGACACUAGAUCAUCUUGAAGUGUUAUCGAAGGUUAAGCUUUGACAGUUCUAUGUUUUGUCCUAUACUAAAUUUACAAUUAAGAUGCAGUAGAAAUAAACAUACCAAGACAGGUUAAAUGCUGCUAGGAGCACUCCCAAAUCAUAAUUUACAAUGUAUAUACAUUGUAAAUCCCAAAUUAUGAUUUCCAAAGUUUAUACAUUGUAUUAUACAUUGAUUCAUGAGUGCUCCUAGUAGCAUUUAACGUGUCUUGGUUUGUUUAUUUCUACUGCAUCUUGAUUGUAAAUUUAGUAUAAUAAAGUAUAUAUACGACUCAAAACAUUUUCUAUAUUAUUGUUAUCCAGAGUUAUAUUCCCAGUUAUAUCUAGAGAUUCGUUGGUUAGAUAUUUAGUUUUUGUUAUUAGCGUAACAUCAUCGGCAAAUCUCAGAUGGUUUAGGUUUUCGCCGUCUAUCGUCACUUGCUUAUUUGUUCAUUCCAAAGUUAGAAACAUAUCAUAUAACAAAAAAAUCAUAUUAAAGCCCUUUUUCCCUUGUUUGUCCUAAAGAACCAGCCUCCCGGGGUUGCUAGAUUUUUACCUGUUCUUUUGAUAUUGAAGUUUAUUGUUAUUGUGAGGAACCUCUAAAAAGUAGUACAACGGCUGCCAAGAUACCUUUUUAUUUGGUGCCCGUAUGUGUUGAGUCUCCCAUUGGUUAAAAUAAAUAAUCACGUGUAUCAGGCCAUGCAAUAUCUCAUCUCAGUAACCGAAAAUGUCAACUAGUUAGGGUUCUUCUUCUUCUUAUGCAAUCCACUAAUGGAUGUUCGCGAUCACGUUUGACCAUUUUUCUCUAUCCCUUGCAGUAUGUAUUAGGUCUCCUAUGUUUUUUAGUCCUGUCCAUUGUUCGACAUUACGGAGCCAUGACAUUUUCUUCCUGCCCACUCCCCUUCUUCCUUCGAUCUUUCCUUCAAUUAAGGUUUGCAGAAACUGAUAUCUUUCAUUUCUAAUUAUGUGUCCCAGGUAUGCCGUUUUUCUCUGUUUAAUUGUGCACAUCAGUUGUCGUUCUGUACCAAUUCUUCUCAGGAUUUCUUCAUUUGUUAUUCUUGCGGUUCAGGGAACUUUAAGGAUUCGUCGAUAGAUCCACAUCUCAAAUGCCUCUAGCUUAUUCAUUGUGUUUAUUUUUAAAGUCCAUCCUUCCAUGCCAUAUAGGAGCACUGACCAUAUAUAGCAUUUUGUGAAUCUUAAUCUUAGGUUUAGGUCAAAGUCAGAGUUCGUAAAGACGUUUCUGAAUUUCAUGAAUGCACUUCUGGCUCUUUCUAUCCGACAUUUAAUUUCCAUAUCCGACAUCCAGUCUUCACAUAGCCAGGUUCCCAGGUACUUAAACUUUCUUACGCUCUCUACAUCUUGGUUGUUAUAUGCUAGUCUUGCAUUUUGAUGUUGACAUAAUUGACGGCUGAUUAUAAGAAACUUCGUCUUUUUUAUGUUGAUGCCAAGUCCCAUGUUCUCGCUAUGCUCUCCAAUUUUAUUAAGAAGGUUUUGGAGGUCUUCUAUAUUGUCUGCUAUUAAGACCGAAUCAUCCGCAUAUCGUAUAUUAUUGACCCAGGUACCCAUUCACUUUGAUGCCGCUUUCGCAUUCCUCAAGAGCUUCCUGGAAGAUACUUUCUGAAUAUAGAUUGAACAGUAGUGGGGAGAGAAUGCAUCCCUGUCUUACACCUCUGAGAAUUUUUUGAGCUUGCGUUGUUUCAUUAUCCACCUUGACGACAGCUGUUUGAUUCCAGUAAAGAGCCUCUAUGCAACGAAUGUCUUUUUGAUCUAUGUCGAGUUGUUUUAGUAUAUGUACGAGUUUAUGAUGUUGUACUCGAUCGAAGGCUUUUUCAUAAUCUAUAAAGCACAUCAUUACAUCUUUCCUUUGAUCGUAGAAGUUCUGAGCUAGCACUUGGGUUGCAACUAGUGCUUCCCUGGUACCCAGGCCUUUUCGAAAUCCAAAUUGUGAGCAACCAAUAACCUUAUCGCAUUUUGUGGAGACUCUGUGAAGAACUUUGAGGAAUAUUUUUAAAGAAUGGCUCAUCAGAACUUUGUUGCGUUGUUCUUUUUUGGCAAAGGGAUAAAGGUAGAUACAAGCCAUUGGACAGGGAAUUUUCCUUUUUAUAGAUUUGGUUGAAAAAUCUUUGGAGUAUCGUAAUUCCCUCUUCAUCUAACAAUCUGAGUAACUCAACAGGAAUUUUAUCAGGUCCAACUGCUUUCCCGUCUUUCGAGGUAUUUAUUGCUCUAGUAAUUUCUUCAAUUGUGAUCUCGGGACCAGAUAGGUUGUUAAUAUCUAUCACUUGUUCCUGAACGACUUCUAUCUCAGGCCUCUAAGUUAGAAAAUUUAGUUAGGGUUACCAUAAUUUCUUAAGGUCAAAUCCAGACAGGGGUGCUCCAAGGGCUUGUAGAAAAUGUAAAAUGUGAAUUUGACUGUGUUGGUACCUCUACAUUGUACACAUAUGCGAAACGCAUAUGGCACAAUUAAAAGUAUAGUUGUUUCGCUACAAUAUGCAACUAACAUCGAAAAUCUCUGCCAGUUUAAAAUACAUAUACACCUAUGUUUUAACAUACUUUAGACCUAGAAAAUAAUAUUACAUUACGAUUAUUGUCUGCUGGUGACAAGCAGUGCAACCAACUUAACUAGGUGCUGCGCAGAAUGAAAUUUCCCACCGUUGGGCCAAUUGUUUUCCAUUUUUUUAGUAAAGAAAAAAAUCCGGACAUUUCUCAUAUCCGGACGCCAAUCCGGACUGUCCGGACGUAUGGUAACCCUACAACUAAUUCUCUGUAUAUUUGCUCAACCUACUGCAAAUGUCAUAAUCACUCAGUGAUUCGGUUUCUCAAAUUUUCGUAACCAACCAAUGGCCAGUAUUUAUCGUCAACUGGUGGAAAACUUCUGAUCAUAGAUAGUGAAUCUUCAGAAUGUUACUAAAUGGGUUAGGUUAGGGUUAAAGGGAAGUGGUGAGAUAUGUCUGUGGUGGUGAGUAAGUGCCAAAAUUUUGAUGGGAAAGAAACAAUGUCUUGGUCCAUCCUUUAUCUCAAAAGCUCUAGAAUUCUCUCCCUGUAUCCUAAAACUUGCUUUUAAUGUCAUUCAUUUGUCCUUGUAUGAAUAUUACUAAUUGGUUAACUUUUGCUAUACCGCUAAUACUGAAGAAGAAACAGGCUUUAAAGGCUGCAUGCAAGAAAGAAGAAGAAGGUUAACUUGUUAUGAUUCUACGAUAAUUUCUAGUCAUUUUGAACUCACUUAACACUUCUUCAAAUUCUACUUAACCAAUCCUUACCAUGUGCUUCCAAUAUAAAUAACGCUGUAAACCAUACCCCGAACGAUUUCACUUUGUAUUAUGAGAAAACGGUUAAUUUAAAAAGUAAUUAUGGACAAUACCCUAUCCGCAUCUAUUUUUUAUUAUAUUUCUGGAUGAAAAAUAUAUGAAUUAUAAUUUUUGUGACAAGAUUUUGUAUAUUUUAAAAUAGUUUCUUCAUUAUAAAGCUAAAACUGUGAUUGUGUUACUAAUCCAAGCUCUAAUCAUAUUUACGAAAUUUUAAUUGUUGGAGAAAGCACUUGUGGUGCCAAAUAUGGUAAAUCAGGUGGAUAUAUCUGUGGUACUAUGGCAGUAAUUGGUAAUAUUAGAUUUUUUGACAAAAUCUUUUUUUGCAUAAUAUGUCACGUUGUCAAAAAUGUUUGAGUAAUAAGUGAGUAAUAAAAACCUCAACUAUCUUUAAAUUAUUUUGAUAUUUUAUAAUAGUAAUGCCCAUGCAUCAUAAUAGGGCUGUAGAAAAAAAAAUAAGUGUCGUACUUAGCUGACACCACUUUUCUCUAGUUAAAAUGGACAAAUGCGUUAUAAAAUUAUAUUAGUUUUAUUGCACAUGGAGCUUGGAUUAGCAUUUUCAAACGUUAAAAUAGACAAAAAUUGCUUUUGGGUGGAAUUGAUCAGAAAAUAAUGAAAUAACCGUGUAACAUUUUUGUUCCUGGAGUCUUUAUUUUUGCAGAUAUGUGUACGAUAUGAGAAUGUAGAACAGUCGGGGUAAAAAUAACCUACAUUGCAAAAACGGUGUGUAGCACUCCGGGAGUGACCGAAGGGUGAAGCGUAGCUUCCACGUCCACGUCUUUUAUCGUCCACGUACGGAGCGAUGGAUCUAUAAUUACUCAAUUAAAAUUAAGGAAAAGUCAAUACAAAGAUAUUCCUAUAUAGAAGGACUUUGAACAUAAUAUAUAUCCAACAGAUUAGUCGUAAAAACAUAUUGUGCAAUAAAUGUGUUCUUUCCUUAAACAUUAUUUUCAUACCGAUAAUGAAAAAAGCACUUAGUGCCAAAUAUGGGGAUCAGAUAGAUCUCCCAUAUUAUGUUAACUACAAGCUGUCAGGCCUGUAAGCAACAGGAUGUUGCUCUUCGGUUGUCUUUUAUGAAACUAUCUUAUACAUAUAUCUCGACUAUAUAUGGAUCAAAUAUUAGUGAGUGUAGUAAUUCUUACAUUUAACAAUUUUAUAAUGAAUAUGUCAACUAUGACUUUUAAAACAACUUUGUAUUGCAAGUCAGUAGACUUUCUUCCAUAAAAUUGUACAGAAUUAGAUAUCUUUGUAUAGAAAUGGCAUUGUGCUUUAUCUCAAUGUUAAAUAUUUUCAGCCUUGUAUAGCAUGCAGCAAUUUUUGUCUAUUUUUAUAUAAUCAAUAUUUUCACCCUGGAUUUAUCUAGGUUGUAACCCGAUUAACGACGUCAUAUUUUUAAUUCCGUACUAUUGGUUUAAUUAAGACUGUCAUUUAUUGAGUACACCAUAAUUGUUAUGUUGUCAUGUGUUCUCUACACAUCUAUACUUUUGUAAAUAUUAAAUUAAUUUUAAAUUUUAGGUGUGCAAUUCACAUUUUUUGUAUUAAAUAAUACAAAUAAAAAUUAUAUUUGUAUCAGGUUAA